UUCAAGAGCACCGUCCGCCAGUUUAGUGGUGCGCGAGGCUACCCAGGCCUUGGCCAUGAGACUUGUCCAGGUUGUACACCAGGAGGCGGCUCUGAAAUCUUUGGCGAAGAUACGGGACACUGUGGGAGAGGAAGAGUUUGGAAAGUACUUGACCGAGGUGGAUGAGAGCAUGAAGCGGAACUUUGAGCUGCUCUGCGAGAUCUAUGGGAUCGAGAGAAGUUCUUCCGCAAAAAGAAACAGGAUAAAAUCUAAGGCUGCCAGUGGAGUAAAGUCCCUUCAACGCAAGGAUUCGUUCGAGGAUUCGAUAAAAGAGGUCGUGCCUGUGGAUAAGAGCUGGGAUAGCGAGGACUCGGAUACUUCGGGCAUCGCUGAGGAGGACGAAGAUAAUGUGAGGGCGAGCUCGAGUGCUUCGGUAUCCUCGUCGGCGCGUGUUGUUCUCGAGACUGAGAUCAAGUUUGACGAGGAAACUGCAAUCACCAUGACCAUACUUGAAGAACGGGCCAAAAAGCCGGACAUCCAAGAAAUCGAUUUCAACAUGGGCAAAGACAUAGGUGAGGGGAAACCAACAGUUGAGCUGGAAACAGCUGAAGAGGACGUUUCUCCCGAGGAGCGACGGAAGACGCCAAAACGAGUCCAUUUUGGUGGCGAGAUUGUGAAGCUACGAACACCAGACAGUGAAGACGCCGAAUCGGUGAUGAGCAUCGAGGUAAAUCGACAGCAGGUUCCAUCACCCCUGUCCCAUCAACAGUUGUUACCCGUGGCACCAUCACGUACGAGGAUACCUUUACCAGUGUCGCCGGCAACCAGAAUGCCAAGCCGUCCUAGAUCCUCGUCGCAGCCUAAUGUGACUCCUCCAAGUCGUCAGUUGCAACGGCUACGGAUGCAGAAACGAUCGGCAUCGAGUAGUCCCCGUCGUGAACCACACACUCAUCGAUCUGACCUUAGUCCAAAGAAGAGUAUUUUGACGCAAAAUACAGAGAUCCAUAGGCUAGUUGGUCCUGGUAAGCGAGGAUUUGAUAUUCCGUUGGCUAUCUACAGGCCACACAUAUCUCGUCGGGAUUCCAUGACGUCUCCAAGAAUCGUCAUCGAGGAGAUGAAUGACAUCCUACCCGAGGAACCUUCGUUCCGUGUUUGCGAGGAAUCGAGUGUUGGUAGCUCACCAAGAUUAGAGAUCGAUUCAUCGUCCGAAAAGCGACGCAAGCUUCCAGGAUAA